AUGCUGAGUGCUAGAUUACUUUCAACUACUCAAAGUAAUGACAUAACAUCAGUACUAGCGGUAGCGGAAGCUUCCAAGCUUCUUGUCUCUAACAAAGACGGACAUGUCCUGGUAUAUGCAUUUGAAGGACUCUCGCUCAGGCUAACACAGACUUACCACCACCUAAUGAAGAAUAAUGGAGGUGACGCAAUUAUUCAAGACAUGUUAUAUGCGCAUCAAUUGGCAACGGUGUUUGCUAUUUGUGGGAAGAGCAUAGUUUUGCUGAAUAGCUCGAAUCUGAACCAAUUCGAUAAAAUAGUGGAAAAGAGGGGUAUAAAACAAGCUUGGGUCUUCGAAGAACCUUCAGAAAAACACGGGGCCACAACCGCGCUUUUAAUUCAACCGAGCAAGACUUCAAAGCUAAAACUUUUCCUGUGGAAUGAUAGAUCGUUCAAGAACGUGUCCGAGAUGGAUCUCAGCAGCCGAGACGAGCGCAUAAUAUCCCUUCAUAUGAAUAAAAAUGGGGUUCUAAUUGCCACUAACGUGAACAGUUAUUUUUGGUGUUUGAAAGACCUGGUGUUAGUUAGACUGUCAAGAACGACAGCUCCAAAAUGGCCCCGCAAUAUCAGGGAAGCACUGAUGGAACUGGGCAACCAUCAGGCGGAAUUUACAGGGGAUCUUGAGACAGCCUCAAUUUCCAGCGAAUCGGCCUUGUCACGAAAACUAAGCCUGGGCCACUUUUUUCAAGGAAGCAAUAAUCGCGGAGCUUUGCGCAAAGAAAAGCUCAUUUUUCAACCUACAGAUAGUACUUUUCCGGUAAUACUCGAUGGUUCAUCUCAAACAUUACGCUCAAUUGCAGUAUCCGGCCAUGAAGCCCCCCAAGUCUCGGUUCGCCCCCAUCGACACUUUUUUGAUGCAAAUGGUGACUUUGACCAAAUGCAGCACCUGUCUGCGCGCUUACUGCUUCUCAACAAUAAAGAAGGCUUGCGGAUUGUGGACUACCAAUACAAUUUUAAUUACUUGGAGUUAAAGGUCCCGGAUGGUAUCAAGGAGGUAAUAAAGGGCCAAGGUUCUUCUUUAGUUAUCUGGACUAAUACCGACAAGCUUCAGUUUUAUAACCUUGUCAUCGAUGAUGAGCUAGAUGAACUAAUUGAUGGAGGGGAUAUUCCGCACUUGGGGGAACGUGACACCGUUCAGUACCUACAGUUGAUCGUGUUUUAUGAGUCGAUACUCUCAAAUAACACCCAAUGGAACUUGUGCGAAAGCUACAGAUGUGCUAACCCUGAGCAAAAUCUCGAAAUCUGUGCACUAAAACUCCGAGACCUUGUCGUAUUAUGGUGCCUCGACAGCUUCGAAAGCUGUCAACGAUACAUUAAUGACGCUCGACAAAUGCACAAAGUCUCGGAUAGAGCACUCAAACUGCAAGAAUUUAUUGUGAAGAGUGUUUUCGAAAAUUUCAUCAAAUUCAUGGCUCCACCUGAGCUUGUCAUUGGUCAUUGUCUUCCCAGUUUCUUGACGAAAACAUUAGAUGGGAGCUUUGAAACCACCAUGAAGAUGCAUACCGACCGUAACACGAAUAACAUUCCUGCUACUAUUAUGAAUAAAUGGUGUCUACCGUAUCUUACAGACACGAGACGCAUUCUUUAUAACCUAGCCAAAUACGGGACUGUGCAGUGGAACUACGAGAGCCUAGGCAUUUCAUUCGAUAUCCAAUUCUUUCUUCUCAACCAACACCAAGAGCACAACAUACAUUAUCUCCUUGAUUUGGUCGACACCUCUAUAUUCAAAAUUUACCUUGAGUAUAACCCUGCAAUGGUAGGUCCUUUUACAAGAGUACCAAAUUAUUGUGAUUUUGAAACAGUCGUGGAAGAGCUGGGAAGCCGAAUGAAAAUUCAGGAGUUAGUGGAUUAUUAUUACAUGAAAAACAAGCACGAAUCUGCAUUGAGGGUUCUUACUGAAUUAGAGGGAAAUAUCACGUCAGUUGACACUAAGGACGUCUCAAAUAGCAUAAAGAAACUCGUGGUUGAUUACCUGAAGAAACUUCCACACUCCGCAUCGGAUAUUUUGUUCAAGUACACCAACUGGCUAGUCGAGAGAUUUCCCGAGGACACAAUCAUCAUUCUCAAUAGCAUUUUCAUUAAUCACAAUUUAAAUUGUGCCGCACUUGAUUUCGUUGAAGUUUACAAUUACAUCGACCAAUUUGAUCAUGAACUAUCGAUAAAAUACUUGGAAUUUGUCAUCGACGACUUGGGUACCACCAAUAAACUUGUUUAUAUGAAAUUAAUUGGGCGAUAUCUUGAGGAUAUUCAAAACAACCAAACAGUUCGGAAGUUAGAGGCCAUAGUCAAAUCAACAACUUGUUAUGAGCCUCGCAGCUUGGCGAGGCUUCUGGAUAGCGCCUCUGAACUUAAUGGAAUAAGCCUCGAUACUUCUCUCACUCUGAAGCGGCUUAAAACCUAUCCUUUGAAGAUCUUGAAUGAGCACGAAGAGUCUCUCCACAUUUUAUUCGAAGAACUUGCAAGCUAUAACUAUUGCGCACUGUACUGUACUCAAGUUUACCAAGAUAGUUCAAAGACAGGCCUGAUGCUCUUCAAUACUUGGUUUGAAAUGAUCAUAAAAAAGUCUGAGAAGAACAGAGACACGAGAGUAAUUCUUCGUUUUCUUGAAGAGUUUGGUUCCAGGUUGGAAAGUGCGGAAGCUUUGAAGAAAUUACCGCCAACCAUACCUUUGAAGGAUCUUCAACAGAUACUGGGAAAAGGGAUCGAGGGCUCAUCGCUUAGGAAAAAUCAGGUAAGAAUGAAGAAAAAUCUUCUACAGGUAGAGCUAGUCAAUAAAACAUUUCUACUAAACCAAGAGUUAGGCAAUUACUGUGUUAUCGCGGAUGAACAAAAAUGCUUUGUGUGUCACAAGGUCCUCAACAGCAGCCGAGGAGAAAUGAUUUUAUGGUAUUCUACACCCGAUGGAAAGGUUCUAACUCACUAUAGCUGCAGGCAAGUUAUCGAAGAGAAAUUGUCUAGAACUGAUCAAUGA